AUGGAAGCCCUCGACAGCUCCAAACGGCAAGGCCAUAUCAAGAUCGAGGAUGUCCCAGAAACCACGGCCCUGCCACCGUCGGAGAAGGGCAUCGAGGCGCCACCACCAACUCGGGAUCUGGCAGCACGAAUCCUCAACGUCGUCGAGAAGUACUGGCUGUUCGAGUUCUUUGGCUGGACGCUGGCGCUGGGCUGCUUGAUCGGCACGAUCGCGCUGCUGGCCGUGCACAACGGACACGAAGCGCCGACGUGGACGCUGCACGUGGGCGCCGGGCGACACCGCAAAUCAUUUGACCUGACCAUCAACACCAUCAUUUCCAUCUUUGCGACGGCCUUCAAUUCGGGCCUCCUGAUCCCCGUCGCUGCCAGCAUCAGCCAGUUGAAAUGGAUCUGGUUCCAGAACGAGAAGCGGCCGCUGGCUGAUUUCCAAAAGUUCGAGUCGGCGGCUCGUGGACCCCUGGGGUCGCUUGUGCUAUUGUGGACGUUGCGUUGUCGGUAUGUCACAUAUAUCAUAUCCUUGGAGAUCAUCUCUUUCUUACCACCCCUCCCCGAUCGUGAUCAUGAGAAGCUGACAUUUGAACCACAAAGACGUCUCGCGUGUCUAGGUGCCGUGAUCGUGAUUGCCGCCCUGGGAACUGGCUUCGCGUUCCAAGCUCUGGUGGUCUAUCCGCUACAGCCCGUGCAGGUUGACAUUGCACGGAUCCCACGCACGAAUCUGGACUGGGGGAGCAACUCUCUCACCACCAGCAUCUCCAACGACAUGGUCGGAGCCAUCUACUCGGGCAUCUACCAGUACACGGACCUGUCCGAGGUGAAGAACGUGUCGUGCCCGACGGGGAACUGCACGUGGCACGAAACGUACACGUCCAUGGCCGUGUGCAGCGCGUGCCACGACGUGACGGCCUCGUUGCAGAAAUCGUGCGGGACGCAACUGGUACCCUCGCAGGAUGUUGGUGCCUCUGACAUCUCCCUCCCUUACUGCAACUACUCGCUGCCCAACGGGCUGACCGUGUCGGGGGUGCCGUCGGCCAAUUACUCGUCGAUCGACGUGUCGGCCAACACGACCAACGCGAUCCACUUUGACGGUGCCACGGCCCUGUCGGUGCUCUCGGUCAUCCAGACGCAAUGGGGCCCCGGAGUCGAAGCGUGGGGGAACCUGGUGCCGGCGAGCGACAUCAACGGCAUCGCCACCAAGCAGGCCUUUGAGUGCGGCAUCUACUACUGCGUGCAAAAGUUCAACACGUCCGUGUCGCGCGGGCGGCUCAGCGAACGCGUCGUCGACACCUACUCGACCGGCAACUACACCUCACCGGGGGUGUACGCGCUGGAGCCGCCGACGUCCUUCACGAACCAGUCCGACCCGGCCAGCUACAUCCGAGUGUACCAGAGCAACAACAUCGGGGCGAUGCGGGAGUUUUUCGCUACGCAGUGGCAAGGCCAGGUACUCAUGUCGGGGUCGCCCCCGACAAACACGCCGACGAGCGCGAUCGCGCUGUUCCUGUGGGCGCUGUUCUACGAGGAGACGCCCCUCGUUCAGUUCCAGCGCAUGUUUGCCAGCCUGGCCAAAUCGCUCAGCGACACGAUUCGGUCGUACGCGUUCGUCACGGACGCCGUCCCCGCGGCCUUGGGCGCCGUGUACCAGGACCGCCCGCACGUGCUGGUGCGCUGGGGCUGGAUCGCCCUGCCGGCGGCGCUGCUGGGCCUGGCGCUCGUGCUGCUCCUCGGCACCAUGGCCAUGACGGUGCGCGAGCACACGCUGCUGUGGAAGGCGUCGAGCCUCGCGGCGUUUUCGCACCCCCUGACCAGCGACGCCCGCGCCGUCGUCAGCGACGUCCACAGCCCCCACGAGGUGUUGCGCCUGGCCCAGAAGAUGGACGUCAAGUGGGAGAAGACGGAUCGCGGGUUCAGGCUGGUGGGCUGA